CCUCACUUAAAAAAAUGAACCGCAGACGUAUAGAAGACUCUUCAACUGAAAGCCAGCAUGAUUUCUCCGAUGAACUUAAUGAAAGCACUUAUUACCAUAGUUUCUUUAAUAGGGAAGAUCUGGAGAAGGAUUUGGAUGUGGGAGUGGAAGAUAGAAGAGGGGUUGAAGGGGAAGGAAGGGGAAGAGAGGAGGAAAAGAGAGAGGACCAAGUGGAUGAGAGGAAGGCUGAGACAGGAAGAGGAUAUUUUUCAGGAUUUUUUUCAAAAAUUUGGUCUAAUAAUGAAGAAGAUGAAAUUGAGAUUACUUCAUUAGCAAGUAAUGGCAAGACUAUAUUAUUUGGGUACUCAGAUGGCACUUGUAGAGAGUAUAGUAUUGAGGAUAAAUAAGAUGCUUGGACAAGUACAUCAGCUGACUUCUAGUGGGAAACCAGUCACCAAGCUUGAAGUCCAGUAUUAUAACCCUCAAGAAGAUGAUUUCACAGCGACAAUUCUAAUAUCUCUGGUCAAUGGAUAUGUAAAAUGGUGGAAUUAUGACAACCUCAGCCUGUACUACAGAUUUGAUACAACGAACGUAAUUGAUUAUUGUUUUCACAUCACUGACAAGCCCCAAAUCUCAUUACUGACUAAGAACAAAUAUAUCCAUAUUUUUCAACUAGAAGGAUAUUGGGCAUUCUCAAAGAUUGCAAAGGUGAAGCUGAAGAAACAGCCCCUAGACUUCAUGAUGUAUAAAGACAGAGGGAUCAUUUCUUACCCUGAUAAUUACGAAUUUAUCAAGCUAAAUUUUGAUGAGAAUGGGAAAAUCCAGAUGGAAAGCCAAAAGUUGUUAGCUAAGGAACUUGUAGAGAAAACUGCUCAUAUUAUUUACCUUAACUCUGUUAAAGCCUUUCUGAUUUCUAAGGCUAGGAAUUCUUACUAUGUUGAUUGGAAAAGCGGAAGUAUUAAUAAAAGUAGCAGUAUGAAGAUAGUCUGGAAGUCAGGCACCCCGAAAGAGGUACUCAUUGUCAGACCUUAUCUGGUCGGUGUUAUGGAAGACGGAAUUGAGUUAAAAUGAAUGUACAAUCCAAACCGAGUAGUCCAAAGCAUUAAGGAUAAUAUCUUUGUGAACUCCAAGAUUACAGUGAAUAUUGAGAUACAUCAGAAUGGAGCUCUAACUCGACUCGGAUCACUUUUGGUAUAUUCCACACAAAAAUCUGAUAAUUCGAGGAAAAGACACCAAAUCUAUGAGUAUUCCCAGAUUGAAGGAAAAAGCCAAGUGAGUAUGCUGAUUGAAAACCAGCUAUAUUCAACAGCAAUGAAAAUCUGUGAGUUCUUGAUGAGUGAGAAUUACGAAAGGCUUCGUGCUGCAGAAUUCAAUGAUUUCCAAAAGGGCAGGGCAUUUUACUGAUUUUAUGUCAAGAAGAAUUAUAAAUUAUCCCUGAGAUUGUUUAGACAAGUGAAAGUCCCAACUCAGGAAAUUAUUUUGCUGUUCACAGAGCUUUACCAUAAACCUGCUAUUGAUCAAAUGAUUGAUAAGUUUGGUAUCGAGGUUAAUAACAUACCUUAUUUGAAGAAUAAAUUAGCAGUUUAUAGUCCGAUGAUCGAGUCACUUAAGAUUUCUCAUAAGAGGAAGAGGACAAUUUCCCACGUUGGGUUCCAAAAUAAAUCAAAAAUGAUUGUUAAAAGAAAUUACAAUGAUAAAUGCCUUUGUGCGUCUGGAACUCUUAUAGGGGAAGAGAAAGUUAAGGCUUUACAGGUCUUUAUUAUUUACUUCAUUGAAUGUAAGGAAGAGCUCUCACGCAAGCUUAAGAAUAUUAAAAAGACAGCUAGCUUGAUUGAGAUUCCUGCGUUGACUCUAGCUCUCAAGAAAUCAGAAUCACAAGUAAAUACUAAAGGAAGAAGUUUUAGAAAAAGUGUUCUGUAUAAGCGAACUGAGAGUAUUGGUCCAGAGAAAACUACUUCUGGAUUUUUAAGUAAUAUGCUAGAGAAUGAUUCAAAUAAUGAAGAAAUGAAUUUUUCAAUUUUGAAUGCCAACAGGCAAUCGAAGUGAGAUAUUAGCUGUAUUGAGCCAAAGACAACUCUUGUAGAUAUGGAGAUGGAUAACGACACUAAUUUCAGCCUACUCCUAUUCCUAUCAAUGAUGUGAGAGAUUUAUAUCUUCCAUGCAUUAUUGAUCCUACAAAAAGAAGAUCCUGAUAGCACUGAUCAUUACAGAAAUGAGCUCUUCAUGCUGAUUUAUAAUGAAAAUUAUCUUCCCGUUGACUUUUGUACAGAGCUAUUGAUCAAGCAUAAAAUGCAAGCCGAUGUUUGAAGGUUCCUCUUCAUAAAAUAAGGAGUAUAACAGACUAAUGUACAACAUCCAAGAGUUCUAUGAGAACACCAGAGAUGACAAGUGGCUUAAAGAAUAUUGUAAGUACCUCAAGAAAAUCAGGGAGGAGGAUUUCAUAGAAGGUACCCCAUCCAAAAGGUUUAUCCAGAGUAAUCUACUCUUUCUACUUCAAGAGAAUGCAGAAGACUUGGUAAUUGAAUCCUUAAUGGGUUUCAAGGAAAUUCCUCCUUUGUAUAAUAAGCAGCUAAUUGAGAUGAUAGAGAAGAAGGGAUCUAUUAAUUUAAAGAUUAAGUACUUAGAAUACUUGACAAUGGUGUAUAAAAUCUCUGAAUCUGAUUACUACACUGACCUUGCCCUCUCCUACGUCAGUAUGAUUGACUCCAUUGCCAAAGAGAAGUACGAAUAUUUGGACUUAGUUGACAAGAACGAACUUGAAAAUGAUAAAGAGAUCUGAGAUCUUAGGAAGCGAUUAAUGAAAUUUUUAGAAUCAAAUAAGAAAUACAAUCUCAGUAAAGUCUAUGUUGAGCUUCCUUUUGAAUAUAUGAUGCAAGAAGUUGCAUUUGUUCUUGCUUGUGAUAAGAGAUACUCUCAAGCAUUUGAAAUAUGUAUCAAAGAUUGUGAUGCUUCUCUUUGUAAGAGAAUCGCUAACAAAGUGUAUAAGCUACAUAAAGAUCCUAAUGUAUACUUCAAAUUAUUCGAAGCAUAUUAUGAUGGCAACUUGCAUUCACAUGCUAUCUCCUUGCUUGAAUCCAAAGCUGAUCUAAUACCGUAUAGAAAGUUGUUAAAGAUUUUAAAAGAAGAUGAAACCCUAACAUCAGCUCAUUUAAAUGCUUUUCAGGCUAUAUUCCGAAAAAUAGAGAAACAAAAAGUUGAAAGUGAAAUCCAUCACAAAAUAACAAGCCUAGCUAGAGUUCGUCAAGAAGCAACUAACGCAGAACUCUUACAAGAAGGCUUCAGACUCAGUAACGAUAUGCAAUGUUCAGGUUGUCACAACCCCUUCCGAACCACAAGCGUGAGCUAUAAACACGAUCAAAAAGCAAUCUACCAUCUUUACGAGUAA